UUCUAAUUUCUCCCUGAAACCCUAACAAGUAACAAUCCCCUUUCGUAUCUUCUUCUUCUUCUCCUCUCCCUAACUCGCUGCACGAACUCACUGAGUGAAACACAGAAUGGGGCGAGUUCGCACAAAAACGGUGAAGAAAUCCUCGAGGCAAGUGAUCGAGAGGUACUACUCGAAAAUGACGCUGGAUUUUCACACGAACAAGAAGGUUCUAGAAGAAGUAGCGCUAAUCCCAUCGAAGAGGCUCCGAAACAAGAUCGCAGGGUUCUCAACGCACCUGAUGAAGAGGAUCCAGAAAGGACCGGUUCGUGGAAUCUCGCUGAAGCUGCAGGAAGAGGAGAGAGAGAGGCGCAUGGAUUUCGUUCCAGAAGUUUCCGCCAUUAAUGUCGAUAACAUCGAGGUCGAUAAGCAGACCAUCGAUAUGCUUGCUGCGUUAGGUAUGUCUGAUAUUCCUGGCGUUGUGCAGGUUGAGCCUACGGCGGUUCAGCAGGUUCCGUUUGGCCGCGGUGGUUUUGCUGGCGGCGCUGGUAGGAGGUUCUGAAUUUUGAUAAUGGUGGUUGUGUCGUUUUCGUUGUUAUUUUUGUCGUUUUAUUUAUGUUCAGACUUUAGAACUUUAUAUUGUUAAAACUCUUGAAUGCGUUUCUUAAUGGAAUUAAUUUUUGUUUUUGGUUAAA